AUGGCGGCCCCUCGACCAGACCAAAGCCCCAUGAAGCUCCCCAACCUGCUGCUAUUCUGGCUGAGUGCACUCUGGCCUCAGCUCCUGGCCAUGCCCCUGAGCUCCUCCAACUACCUACCCCAGAGCUUCCUUCCUCAAAUCCAGGAGCAAGUGCGGAAGAUCCAGAAUGACAUCGAAGGGCUGCAGCAGAGAUUGUGUGCCGACUACAGCCUAUGCCAUCCAGAGGAGCUGAUUUUGGUUGGCCAGUAUCUGGGCAUCCCCAAGCCACCUCUGAAAAACUGUUACAGCCAGGACUUAAGAUUGGUAGUCUGCCUGAAGCAGCUGCACUAUGGACUCCAGCUCUACCAGGGUCUUGUGAAAGCACUGGGGGGCAUCUCCCCUGAGUUGGCUCCGACUUUGAACAUCCUGCAGCUCGAUGUUGGUGAUUUUGCUGCCAACAUCUGGCAACAGAUGGAAGAUCUUCAAGUGGCUCCUGAGAUCAUGCCUACCCAGGGAACCCUGCCCACCUUCAGUUCCUCUUUCCAGCGUCGAGCAGGGGCUGUCCUUAUCUUUGACUACUUGCAGGGCUUCCUGGACAUGGCAUGCCGGGACCUGCGCCAUCUUUCCCAGUCCUGA